UUAUGAUUGGUUUUUUGACGAAAAUGACGGUGAAACUGGAAAUGAUCUGAAGAGUGGUGUAAGUGUUACCUUAAAUAGACAAAAAUGAGGUCUGACACACUUCUUGACUAUGCUGUGUUGCAAUUGUCUCCGAAGCGUUCAAGAUGUGAGUUGCUUGUUUCAAGUGAUGGAUUCACCGAGAAACUAGCAUCAGGGUUAGUGAAGCCAUACUUGGACCAUUUAAAGUUUGCAGAGGAGCAGGCUGCACAUUCUGUGCAGUCAAUCAGGCUAGAAAUUGAUAGACGUAGAAAUGCCGAGACAUGGUUUACAAAAGGAACGUUUGAGAGGUUUGUGCGGUAUGUCGGCAUGCCAGAAGUUUUAGAAAUGGUGAACACCUUUGAUGCAGAGAUGUCUCAAUUGGAAGCUGCACGAAAGAUAUAUUCACAGGGGACAGGAGAUCAGCGCAUGGAUUCACAAGGCGGGGAUGGAACAAGAGUCAUCGGAGCGGCAGACUCAACAACGAAGGAACUGCUAAGGGCUAUUGAUGUGAGAUUGAGUGCAGUUAGGCAGGACUUAACAACAGCAUAUGCUAAUGCAUCAGCAUCUGGAUUUAAUCCUUACACUGUCUCUCAACUCAAACACUUUGCACAUCAAUUUCGUGCCCAUCGCUUGAAUGAAGCAUGUACGAAAUAUUCGUCAGUGUACGAAAGAAGACCAGAACUCAUUACUCAACAAGACGAAAAGCCACGUGGCAAUGAUACAGAACUUCGUUCAUCAAUUAACUCUGACAUGUCCAUCGACAACGAAGACGAAGAAGCCCAAGCCCAUAACCAAGCCCAAACAUCCACGUGGCAACCUCCUAAAACCUUCACCACCUUCAACUCUCUACAACGUAACAACGACAACAACGUAAUAAUAAACAAAAACAAAGACGAACCCAACAACGACGGCACCAGCAGCAAUAAAGAACAGACCGACUCGUCGCCAACGCCGUUGCCGUCAUCACCAACGCCGGCACCGGCAGGGCGACGACUCAGUGUACAAGACAGAAUCAAUUUGUUUGAAAAGAAGCAAAAAGAAAAUACUGGAAAGCCGGUCGAGCUUCGGAGAAUGUCCUCUGACGUAUUCCGGCGGUGGAGUGGUAGUAGUGACAUGAGCAUUGACGCUAGCAUGGAGAAAAAAGGUUCAGAAAGUGUUAAUGAUAAUAAUAAUUUGGACAAAGUUGUGAAAACUGAUCAAGGGUCUUCUUCUGACGUGGUGUUCAAGGAUCAUCAACUGAAAGGUUCUUCUUCAUCAGAUAGGUAUGAGUUUGUUGUUGAUGAUGAUCAUAAUCAUAAUGAUAAUGAUCAUGAUGGUGGUGAUGUUAAGUUUGAUGGGGGUGUGAAAAGUAAUAAUGUGGUUGCUACAUCACUUGGUAGGGUCCACCGUAGUCAUUCAAGAUCUUUUUCAGCUCAGUUUGAAAGUAGCGGUGGUGGUGGUGGAUUCAAAUCAAGGGAAGCUUCUAAUUCUUCUUCUGUUGUUGGUUUAAAUGGUGUUGAUCAAUCAACAACUCAACCCCAUUUGAGAUCAUCUUUUGCUUUAGAAGCUGAAGUUUUGAAGAAUCAGGUUAAGGAAGAGGAUUCUCAAGUUGUUAUGAAAACUAAGUAUCAGAAACCGGUACCUGCUAGUUCAGAACAAACCGGGGGGACAAGGAAUAAAAGGGAUGAGAUUCGGGGUGGCAAUGAAAGUGCUAAAUUGAAUCUUUCUGGUAAAAAUCAGGUUUUGGAGAGUCCGGAUAGUGCAUGUGUAACGGUACCUUUGGAACAGAAUCAGAGAGUAAGGCAGAGUAAAGGAAAUCAGGAGAUGCAUGAUGAGUUGAAGCUGAAGGCUGAUGAGCUCGAAAAGCUUUUUGCUGAGCAUAAGCUGAGAGUUCCUGGGGAUCAAUCUGGUACUGCACGGAGAAUAGAGCCUGCUGAUGCACGUGUGGAACAGGCUGUUAACUCACAGUCUAGGAGACCUGGAAUCCGGGAUUCAAUUCCUCAGCCUGCUGAUGAUGCACACCUAGAACAAGUUGUUAACUUGCAGUCUAGAAGACCUGGAAUAGGGGAUUCAACUCAUCAGCCUGCUGAUGCACGGGUAGAACAGGCUGUUAACUCGCAGUCUAGAAGACCUGAAGUGGGGGAUUCAACCCCUCUGCCACCUUCCAGAAGCAGAGUGCCUGAACCGGCUGUGAGUUUGGGGACUAAGUCGCUUAUGAAGACGGUGGAUAGUCAGAAUUAUGGCGGUGCUGUAAGGCAAAAUUUCUCGGAGCUCAACAUUGGGGCUGAGUCUAGAGGAAAGUUUUAUGAAAAGUACAUGAAGAAGAGGAAUGCAAAACUUCAGGAAGAAUGGAGUUUGAACAGAUCAGAGAAGGAAGCUAGGAUGAAGGCUAUGCAGGAUAGUCUUGAGCGGAGUAGGGCUGAGAUGAAGUCCAAGUUUUCAGGGUCUAUAACCAGACAAAAUUCAGCAGGAGGUUCUCAACGUGCAGAUAAACUUGGAUACUUCAAAUCAAAUACAAAGAGAGACCAGCAUCCUAUUGAUUCCCUUCAGAAUGAAGACGAUGAAGAUCUUUCUGAAUUUUCGGAAGACAAGAUAUAUGGUGCUUCAAAGCAAGGCAGGAAAAAUUUUCCCAACCGAAAUGUGUCUUCAGGUACACCUCGCACUGUAGUUUCAAUUUCACGUUCAUCUGGCAAACGAAGAGACAACACUCUUGCUCAAUCUGUUCCAAACUUCUCUGAUUUAAGAAAAGAAAACACAAAGCCUUCUUCUGGAGUUAGCAAACCAACCCGCUCUCAGGUGAGAAACUAUGCUCGUAGCAGAAGCACCAAUGAAGAGGAGCAAAGUAUCAAGGAAGAGAAGCUAAGGCAAAGUCUGUCUUUACGGAAGAGCUCUGCCAACCCUGCCGAGUUUAAGGAUUUGUCCUCUUUGAACUCAGAUGGGAUUGUUUUGACUCCGUUGAAAUUUGAUUUGGAAGAGACUGAUCCGGACCCUUGCGAUCAAUCAUCAAGGUCUUUCCUUAAAAAGGGCAACACUGCAGGACCUGGUUUUGUAGGCAGUGCUAUCAGGGUGAAAACUUCAAUGGCACCUGAUACUGAGAAAGAAUUCAACGACCUAGAAUAUGAUAUGGAAGAUUCAUUCCAUUCGGCCACAGGGGAACAAGAUGAUAUUCAAAGUAUGGCCAUUGAAGAUAGUGAUUUUAAUCAUAAUAAUGGAAAGGUUAGUCUGAGCCAGGAAUCUGGUAAUUCUGGGUCUGAAAUUGGUGAUUCUACAAGGUCUCUUGCUCAAGCAGACCCUGUUUUAGGGGGUGAAAUGCCUAAUGCAUUUCCAUCAACUUUCAACGGUGUAGGAUCUCAGCAAGAGUCUCCCGUUGAAAGUCCUGUGUCCUGGAACUCACGUGCGCCUCUUCCUUUUUCUUACCCGCAUGAGUCUUCUGACAUUGAUGCUUCUAUAGAUUCUCCAAUUGGUAGCCCUGCUUGGAAUUCUCGUUCCCUUAUCCAGGGUGAGAAUGAUGCUGCUCGAAUGAGGAAAAAAUGGGGAAGUGCUCAAAAACCUUAUCUUGUUGCUAAUUCUUCCCAAAGUCAACCCCGGAAAGAUGUCGCAAAAGGUUUUAAGCGAUUACUAAAGUUUGGGAGAAAAACUCGUGGGACAGAGACUUUGGCUGAUUGGAUCUCUGUUACAACUUCUGAAGGAGAUGAUGAUAUGGAAGAUGGCCGAGAUCUGGCCAACCGGUCAUCAGAAGACUUGAGGAAGUCGAGAAUGGGAUUGUCUCAUGGCCAUCCUUCUGACGAAAGCUUCAAUGAAAAUGAGUUGUUCAACGAACACGUUCAAUCCUUACAAAGCUCUAUUCCUGCACCUCCCGCUCAUUUUAAACUGAGGGAUGAUCAUAUAUCAGGAAGUUCAUUAAAAGCUCCCAAAUCAUUCUUUUCACUCUCAACUUUCCGAAGCAAGGGAAGUGACUCGAAACCCAGAUAAUAUUUCACCAAGUGAGCCCGGCAAGUGAUCUGAAUCAUCUUCAAUGAUAGGGUGUAAAGGACAGCAUAAAAAAAUGAUACAUAAAAGAGAGGUAGGCAUGAUACAGUGAAUCUAUGUGAAAGAUAUAUAAUAUGGGGUAAUGUAUAUUUUCUUGGAUUCAUGAGUUUUUUCCCUAUGAUUUAGUUAGUCAUGGUUGUGUUGAAAUAUGCUGCAUACUGGUGCAGUAUCUUGUAAUUUUGGCAGUAGUGGCAUUCUUUUUAUGCGUUUUUACUUUGGUUUACUUGUGUGAUGAUGUAUAUCAGAAUUGAACUCUUUUUAGUCAGUAUAGUCAGAUUUAAAGAGUAAUGUGAUUGCGGAGUAAAAUAAUAGCUUUUCAAAAAGAUUAUUUCCCUA